CGUCUACAUAUCAGUCUCGUGUCUUGCCGUCUCGUGUACGUGAUCGUAAAAUUGUAUUUUUAUUUUUGUUGCAAAUUUCAUUACAUUUUUAAUUUAAUUUAAUUUCAUAACAAAUAUGCCUAAGCAAAUAACGAGUGUUUUAGUUAAAAAAUAUAUUACUGAAUUCGGGUCAGAUGUUUUUUCAGCAGACCAAAAUGUACUGUUUUGUAAUUUUUGUGAAACGAAAGUGAGCGUGGAUAAAAGGUUUAUUGUCACCCAACAUCUGAAGACGGAAAAACAUAAGCGGGCAGCUAAGCGUGUUGAAAAUCAUCCAAGUACAAGUAAAAUACUUACACAACAAUUUAUAACGAACGCUACAAAAAAGUCUGUAUUUAGUCACGAUCUAUGUAAGGCUUUGUUGUCAGCAAACAUACCUUUGAAUAAAUUAUCAAAUCCGUAUUUUAAAGAAUUUUUAUCAAAGUACACUGGUAAAGAUAUUCCUUCUGAAUCAACGUUACGAAAAGGUUAUGUUAAUGAAAUUUAUGAAAAUACAAUUCAAAAAAUAAGGAAUUAUGUUCAAAAUAAAUGCAUUUGGGUGUCAAUAGAUGAAACUACCGAUUGUACAGGUAGAUAUGUAGCAAAUGUUGUUAUUGGAAUUUUAAAUGACACUGAGAGUAGUAAUAUUUUUCUUUUACAUUCUGAGGAGCUCGAAAAAUGUAAUCAUUCCACAAUUUGUAGAUUAUUUGAUAAAUCUAUGAAUUUACUUUGGCCAAAAAGUGUUCAGCACGAUAAAGUAUUAUUGUUUAUUAGUGACGCUGCCCCCUAUAUGGUUAAAGCUGGAGAAGCCAUUAAAUUAUUUUAUUCAAAAGUUAUACACAUUACUUGUUUGGCCCAUGCAUUUCAUAGGAUCGCAGAAACUGUACGAACAGGAUAUCCAAAAGUUGACAAACUAAUUGCAAAUGUGAAAAAGGUUUUCCGUAAAGCACCUUCUCGCAUUCAAUAUUUUAAGUCAAUAGCCCCAUCUCUAUCACUACCACCUGAAAAUAUUUUGACAAGAUGGGGUACUUGGAUAAAGGCAGCGAAUUACUACUGUGAAAAUUUUGAGCAAAUAAAAGUAAUCAUUAAUACUUUUGAUGACAAUGAUGCAGUAUCAAUAAGAAAUUCAAAAAAGUAUCUCUCUGAUCAAAAUAUUGAAGCUCAACUUGUAUUUAUUAAAUCAAAUUUCGGAUUUUUACCCGAUUUAAUUACAAAACUUGAAAAACAAGGAAUUUCACUUGCAGAUUCUAUUUAUAUUGUCGAAGGAGCAAAAAAAAAAUUAAUUCAAAUUAAUGGAGAAAUAGGGGAAAAAAUUAAAAUUAAGAUAGAUUCUGUUUUAUCAAAAAAUAAAGGCUAUCAAGCAGUUUUAAAAAUAUCAAAGAUACUAAAUGGAGAAGAAAACAUAGAUGGAAUACCCGAAGAUUUUAGUUUAAAUGAUCUCACGUAUAUGAAAAACUGCCCAAUAACAUCAGUCGACGUUGAACGUUCGUUUUCAGCGUACAAAAAUUUACUCACUUCCAAUCGACAAUCGUUCAAAUUCGAAAACAUUAAAAAAUCUUUAAUUGUUCAAUGCAAUUUCCAAGGUAAAAUAAUAUACAAAAUAAAUAGUAAAAAUAGGUACCUAAAGUAAAUUGUUUUUAUUUUUUCAGAGCCAUUAAAAGAAAACUCUGAAGAAAACUGAAACUUAAACAGAAAUACACAUUUUUACUAUUUAUAUAAUUUAUUGUACUUAU